AAAUCUUCCCCAGAGAAGAUGCCUUGGUCACCUACAUUCAUCUUCAUGGUCAUCUUUUGUGUGCAGUCUCUAGCUGCAAUGCUGCAAAAUGGCUUCAUGGUCACUGUGCUGGGUAGGAAAUGGAUUCAAAGCCACGCACUCCCUGCAGGUGACAUGAUUGUGGCCUGCCUAGCUGCCUCCAGGUUCUGUCUGCAUGGACUAGCAAUCCUUAACAACUUUCUGAACUUCUUUUUGCUUCAUCAAAUAGAUAGCUAUUUUGGGAUCCUCUGGGACUUCAUCAACACUGUCAAUUACUGGUUAACCACCUGGCUUGCCAUCUUCUACUGUGUGAAAAUCUGUUCCUUCUCCCACCCCAUCUUCUUGUGGAUGAAAUGGAGAAUUUCUCAGUCUGUGCCCAGGUUACUUCUGGGAUCCUUGAUCAUUGGUGGUCUGUCAGCCACCUCCACAUUCACUGGGAACACAAUCGCCUUUCAGAUGAUGGCCUACGAAAACUGCACACAUGCUUGUGGAGCGCGUAUGUUCUCUCAGUAUUAUUAUCGCUGUCAUACCAUGCUGAUGUGUAUCACUCCAUUCUUCCUGUCUCUGCUGUCCAUCAUCUUGCUUAUGUUCUCACUGUACUGGCAUUUGGAACAGAUGAGGUACCACAGACCCAGGCCUCAUGAUCACAGCACCCAGGCUCACACCAUGGCUCUGAAGUCUCUUGCCUUCUUCCUCAUCUUCUAUACAUCAUAUGUCCUGUUCCUGAUGUUAUCUACCACACAUGUCAUAACUAUCUACAAUUCCUGGCGCUGGGCCUGGGAAGUGAUAACCUACAUGGGCAUCUCCCUGCAUUCCACUAUUCUGAUGCUAAGCAACCCCAAGAUGAGAAGGACCCUCAAGACAAAGUUCUCCAACCUUUGUGUUGGCAGCUCAUAA